AUGGGGGAAGAGGAAGGAAGAAACCAAACGUUCAUCCUGGAAUUCAUCCUCUUAGGGUUUGGGGAGGCCCCUGAAAUGCAACCCCUCCUCUUCCUCAUCUUGCUUGUAAUCUACCUUAUGACGUUGGUUGGGAACACCCUCAUUGUUGCUCUAGUUGUCACGGAACAGCAACUUCACACCCCCAUGUAUUACUUACUAUGGAGCUUGGCCUGCUUAGAGACUUGUUUCUCCUCCGCCAUCCUACCCCGGCUGCUGGCCAGUCUCCAGACGGGAGACAGAGCCAUCUCCGUUAAAGGCUGCUUUGUGCAAUCAUAUUUCUUUGGCGUCAUGUCUGCUACUGAAACUCUGCUGCUGACGGCCAUGUCCUAUGAUCGGUAUUUAGCGAUCUGCCACCCCCUUCGUUACACUGCCCUGAUGAACGGCUCCAUUUGCAUCCAGCUGGCGGCGUGGUCCUGGAUAAGUAGCUUUCUGGCUUGUGCCAUAGUAGAUAUUUUCUUCUUCCAACUAAAGUUCUGCCAUGGCAAAGAAAUUGACCAUUUUUUUUGUGAUUUUACAGCCAUGCUAAAGCUGUCCUGUGAUGAUACCCAGUUUCUCCAGCUGGUGGCAUUUACAGUCGCUGUCAUAUGGACACUUGUGCCCAUGCUAUUGACCCUGGUGUCCUAUGUGUGUAUCAUCAUCUCCAUCCUGAGGAUCUCCUCCACCACUGGGAGGCUAAAGGCCUUUUCCACCUGCUCCUCCCACCUCAUCGUGCUGACCGUUUACUAUGUGAUCACAAUUUGUGUCUAUUUGGUUCCAAUCGUCAACACUGCCACCGUACACAAAAAAAUAUUCUCUUUCAUCUGCACAGUCCUGCCUCCCAUGGUCAACCCGGUCAUCUACUGCCUGAGAAACAAGGAGGUCAAAGCGUCCCUGAGAAAAGCUUUUUUGAAACUGGUUGAUUUUAGCAACACGCAUAGAAUCAGAAAGGACGCAUUUUAG